AUGAGCUCCUUCUCCGUGUUUAGAUCGUUGGCCCCGCAUUUAGGGGCUCGCUAUUCGUCUCACGUAGCCGUCAGACAGAAGACGUUGACAGACAUCAAAAAACUGUAUAACGCCAAGGAGCCUCUGGCGGUGAUCACAGCUCAUGACUACAUUACUGGUCGGAUAGCAGACUCGAGCGAGAAAUUGGAUAUCAUUUUGAUUGGAGACUCUUUGGCCAUGGUAUCCAAAGGAUAUGCAUCCACACUGGAAAUUCCAUUUGACGAUUACUACUACGCAUGCAAGUCUGUUCUUCGAGGGGUAAAUCAAAAGUUUGUCAUAGCUGACCUUCCCUUCGGAUCGUUCGAGGCUAGUGUUUCACAGUGCGUUGAGUCAGCAGUCAAGCUCAUGAAAUUAGGGAAAAUCGGCUCGCUGAAGGUCGAAGGUGGGUUUGAGCAUGGCGAGCAGAUAAAACGGCUCAUAGAGAUUGGAAUACCUGUGACGGGUCACAUAGGAUUGAAACCUCAACAAUUUAAUGCUGUUGGUGGCUACAGGGUGCAAGGAAGAAAAGCGCAGGAUGCCGCAAAUAUUAUAAAAGAGGCAGAGUACCUCAGAGACAUUGGCUGCUCUAUGCUUCUUCUGGAGUGUAUACCGCACAAGGUCGCGCAGUAUCUUACUGAAAAGCUGGAUAUUCCAACCAUUGGCAUCGGCUCCGGCCCAGGAACCUCGGCGCAGGUUUUGGUGCAGGCGGAUCUUCUUGGCAUGCUGGACUCUCCUACCGCCAAAUUCGUCCAGAAAUACAUGGAUUUCCAUUCUGAGGCCGUCAACGCAAUCGAACACUACGUGGAGGACGUCAAAUCAGGCACUUUCCCAAACGUAGAGACUCACUCGUAUCCAAUUAAGGAGGAAGAGUUCGAGGCAAUGGAAAAACUUCUGCAACAAGACCACUAAGUAGUAGAAUUUAUUUAUAUAUCUUGCUACCGUUCACCUCUAUCGGGUCCUUUUCGUUCAGUAAGUCAAUGCUGGACGUGUCGAAGACCAUUGUUUGUCCGUGUUCAGGCACCAGCACGCUCUUGGUGCGGCCCUGUAUCUGAGCCAACUCUUCCAGUUUCUGUUUUGGCUCCAAAUACUGUUCGGAGCUCAAAAUGAACGUUCCCCAAUGCACGCCCACCAUCUUCUCAAUGCUCAUGUCGUUGGCAAUCCGAAUUGCCUCGACGGGAGUGAUGUGUCGAGGCCGCUGGUGCCACUGCGGACAAUAUUGGCCAAUGGGCAAGGCACCGAGCUUCACAGGACCAUAUUUUCGUCCAAUGAGCUGGAACAGGUCUGGCGAGUAGCCUGUAUCGCCACAGUGAAACACAAUCGACUUGUUAUUUCGCAGAAUCAGGAACGAGCACCAGAGCGUUUUAUUAGUGUCUAUCAGCUGUCUUCCCGACCAGUGCAUGGCAGGAACGCAGACAAUCUCGUAUUUAUCAGGUGUGUUCGUCUCCAGCGGAACCCGGUCCCACCAGUUCAUUUCUAUCACGUUGGACACCCCGUAUUUGGCCAGAAAAUGUCGCACGCCAACGGGAACAAUCCAAAUUGACUUGUUGCCAAUCUUCCUCACCGAUUCCUCUUCCAAAUGGUCAGGGUGGUCAUGCGACACAAGAACAAACUCUGGUAUUACUACCGUCUCCAUCAGCUCGUCCAGAGACAUCGCAGCGGGGGCAAUUCUCCUGGGGCCAAACAGUUUAUUGACGAGAUGAUUUUCGAACAACGGAUCAGUGAGAAAUGACACAUUGCCAACCUGCAGCAGAGAACAAGACUGCCCAAACCACGUGAAAGUGAGCCGAUCGGAAAGUGGCGGGAGCUCAUCCUCGUGCUGCGUGGCUCUGCCGUGUGCAGUGGCUUUCAAGAGUUCUGUAUCUGGCUUCACGAUUGGCAAACUAGACCGCAACUCAUCUUUCGAGGACGGCAAUCCGCCACGCCUCCCAAACUCGAGCAGAUCUAGAACACGCAUUGCGAAAAACUCAAACAGAGUCUGUGGCCUGUACUCCGGGAACGGAUUUUCAAAGCGCCCGUUCACCAGCAAAGUGUCAUAAUGGCAGUUAUCGCAAUCGUCAUGUCCGGCUUCCAGCUGUUUUGCUUUUGUCUCCUGACGUCUGCGGAUUUCCAGUUGAGUCCUCACAUAUAUGUAGGUGGUAUAGCCAGAAUAGGCGGCUAAAACACCGAGGCCUAUCUUCCACCUCAAAGCAAAAACCAUGCCAG